CCAACAUUCACGUCUGAGAAUUAAAUGAGGCAACGAUGGUCAGUCACAAACGCGACAUCACUCAAUUGACAAGUGAUAGACGCGCCUCGUGCUCCUGCAUUGUGCCAUCUUGGGCUUUUGUCUUUGUCCUCUUUUGCGCGGCCGUACAUAAGCAGUACGCUUCCUGAACGAUCCACUAGUAAUGUCCCUUCACGAAUUCGACUCCGGAGCUGGCCUCGAGUCGAUGCUUCUACACUUCAGCCGUGACUUGGAAACUGCCACCUCACAUUCUUUCUCGCCUCUACUCGAUGGAUAUAUGGUUGUGACCCAGUCGGAGGCGAAGCUGGCGAGCGGCGGCGCCCUGAACCCUCAUGGUAGCGGUCCUCGUGUACCGCUAGCCGCCAAGUCUCCGAAUGUGAAUCUGCCGGUAUGCAAAGGCAAAACGCCUCUGCGACCGACAACCAGUUUCACGGGGGAUAUCGCACUCACAGUGACACCGCAUAUGAACUGCAAUACAGACAACCAGUCGGCUUCUGUCAACAUUUCACUCGACCUCUCACGCCCAUGUACACCUUUCCAACCAAUUCCUCCUCUUGCAAUAUCCUCGCCGUUGUCCGUUCCCUCACUAUAUGAGUUUUUGUCACGGAACCGCUGUGCAUCCAUCGCCGAACCGUGUCCUUCCACCUCUGUCGCUCAUUCCGAGUCUCAUUUGGCACCAUCUCUCGACAUCUCAGUCAUUGAACCUCCCCGGCGGUCCGACACCCCCUCGACGCGUCCACUUGCCAUUCGCAUUCCUGCGUCGGUAGCACACCACAACAGUCCCUACGUUCCCUGGUCGUCUCCCGUCCGACGAACGAUUCUGCGCCCGAUGACGCCUACCUCUGCUGCCACAUCACGUUUCUCGGCGUACUCGCGCCCAUAUUCUCGCAGCGGGGCGCGGGCACCGGAGCCGCGGGACGUAGACGACACGCCCAGCCCCAGCCCCACGGCGCGUCCGCGCUUUCUUCGAUUAUCGAAGAGCUUGAAGCAUCUCAGGAAGUCGAUGAGACAGGGUGCUCGACGCGUGAAAAAAGUUUUCAAGCGCGCAGAGCCGGGGAGGCCUGUCGAGACUGCUGUGCCACCACGGGAGUCGCCGAGAGGACUGAUUCUUCCGCCCUUGCCCUCGCCUGCGGUUUCGUGCGAGUCAUCUAACUCCAACACGCUUGCGGACUGGCUACGGGACUGCGAGAGGAAAUUAGAGCGGGCCACACCGCGCAUGAUGACACUGGAGGAGUACGAUGAAUGCGGGAGUUGGCGCGAUCGCACCAGCAUCCUUGACGCAUGCGAGGUGCAAUCGAUUCUAUUCUCGGACGAUGCAUGACCUGGCCAUGAUGAAAUCACACUCGCAAGAAACUCUGUAUCGACUACCAGUACUAUCUUAUAUUUCUAGCUCUUGAUUUGUACCGCAUUAAUUAAUGUUUGUUUAUUCGCGCCCAACUCCACCCGUGACGACAUUAUCUCGUCCAGGGGUCCCACCCAGUCCACAAUGACGAAACUGGGCGAAAACUCAAACAUAUAUAACUCUCCUGCAGACCGCGUUGGAACGCCGCAAGAACCAUGACUCUAGAACAGAAGCAAGCACAGUACUCCCGACAGCUCUACGAAUACACGCUCAGGCAGUGUGAUAACGUCCGUCGCAAACUCGAGGAGUCCCCGCACACGACACCGCCUGGGCUGGAGGACAGCCGCGAUGCCAGGGACGGCGCACCAGACACUCCCAAACCGAGAACGAGCGAAAGCAGUCAUGGUCACGGCGGCAUCCGAGGACGCGUGAGCAAAGUGUGGAAAAGGCUAUGAAGUAGUCGGACACAUCGUCCAACGCAUGAUGAGGCAGCUGCCGCAUCUUGACCGAGAACAGCAUGAUUUCUCUGUAGGUACAGGACGGCAACAAGGAACCCAGCGACCCACGAAUGACCUUGCGAGCUCUUGAACUCUUCGAUAAUAACUUUGUACAAUUCUUGUAUUAUUCCAGUCAAUGUAUUUGCACUUCGCACAAGCGGGAGACCAAGUCUC